UUUCUUUUUCUUUUCCUUCCUUUUUUGUGUUUUAUUUUUACCUUUUCCCCUCCAUUCACUCAUUCGCUAUUAACUGAAACUCACAUACCCUCCCCCUUCUAUUGUUUCAAUUAGUAUUUUUCUUUCCACCCUUUUAUAUUUCUCUUUCCUUUUUCUCCGCUUAUUACUAAAUUCAGUUUUAUAUAUUACAUUUCAACAAAACACAUAAGCAAGACACCUUUCCUUUUACCCCUUCUUUCUUUUCUCCCACACACACACACUAUUUUCUAUCAAUUUUUUUGUACUUUUCCUUUCUUUUGAAAAGAUGGUCAAAGAACGCAGCUAUAAGAUUCUCGAGCAACUGGACGAGUUCGAGUUGCAGGAUGCAGGCGAGUCCAGCAUGGGAAUGGGAUACCAGAGCGAGAGUGACUCCGAAGAUGAGGCUAGGAAAGAACCACAUGGUAAUGUAGUUCCCUCAGCGAUGGAUUCUGACGGUGACGAUAGGAGCGAUGAUGAGGUGGAAUAUAGUGAUUCUACUGGGAUGGCUGCCGUGCGGCAGAGAGAGGUUGUGACGGGAGGCGAAAGUGCACAAAUAGGAGCAGCAGAGGCAGCGUCAUCGUCUUUGGCGGCGGUUACAUCGGCGGCGUCGGGUCAUGUUGUGCCUAAUCCGACAGAUGGGGUUUUUGCAAAUAUGUCUGCAAAGCCUGAGCUGUACCUUGGGUACGACGACAAGGUUCCCAAUGAGGCAUUGCCGACUUAUCAGGACAUUUACGGGGUAGCUUCCACAUCAGCUCCGCCGUAUUUCGAGACAGCGGUGAUUUCAGUGAGCGACGAGGAUGAGCUCUUGGUAGAGGGUCUUCCGGUAGGAUCCCUGGGUGUAUUUGUGGUGAACAUGAUAGUGUCAACGGCGUUCCAGGUGGUUGGGUACAUGCUGACCUUUCUGUUGCACAGCUCGCAUGCAGCGAAGAACGGGUCUUUGGCUGGGUUGGGGAUUACGUUUAUGAACUUUGGAUUCUAUAUUCGCACGCAUCUCGGACAGCCCAUGAUGGAUGAUGGGUCGGGGAAUGACCAUGGUGGUGCAGCUGGAGAUGCGCCUUUUGAUUCAGAUACACCCCUGGAUAACGCGUACUUUGCGUAUUUGCUCAUGGUUGUUGGCGCCGGCAUAUUCCUCAAGUCGGUAUUUGAUUAUGUGCGGGUGCGGAGACUGCAAACGAUUAUUGAAAGCUCGCCUGAACUAAACGUAUAGAAGAGACAAAUGAAUAUGUG